ACUGACCCCACAAGGACAAAUCCAUCCUGCAAUGACAAUAGGAAUUUUCUAAUCUUAACUGCAGCAAUGGCUCACAAAAGCUUUCAACCCAUAGUGCUAGUUCAUGGAGGUGCAGGGGACAUUCCAGACUCCCGGGUGUCAGCUAAGCUAGAUGGGGUGUGCAGAGCAGCCCGCAAGGGCUAUGAAAUUUUACAGAAAACUGGCUCUGUCUUGGAUGGUAUUGUUGCUGCUGUUGAACUGAUGGAAGACGAGCCUGCGUUCAAUGCAGGUAAAGGUUCCGUUUUGACAUUGGAGGGUAACAUAGAAAUGGAAGCCUUAAUAUGUGAAGGGAAAAAUUUAAAAUCAGGAGCUGUUACUCUGGUGAAGAAUAUCGCCCAUCCCAUAUCUUUAGCUCGUCGAGUAAUGGUGGAAACCCCACAUGCCUUCCUGGGGGGUGAAGCAGUCAAUGAGUUUGCUGCUAGGAUGGGUGUGCCGACCGUACCUGAUGACUAUCUGUUCACCUCUGCAGCCCAGGCCGCUCUGGAUCACUUCAAGCAGGCUAAGUCUAUUCCAUCUAAAAUGGAAAUUGGAGAGAUAGGGGUGGGCACAGUGGGCAGUGUUGCCAUAGAUGCAGCCGGACACAUGGCCUCAGCCACUUCUACUGGAGGUAUCACAGGCAAGUACAACGGUCGCAUUGGUGACACGCCAUUGCUGGGGUGUGGAGGGUAUGCAGACGAUGAGCGAGGGACAGUGUCCACCACUGGCCAUGGGGAGACUAUCAUGAGGUACAACCUAGCGCAGCGCAUACUGGCUGAUAUCGCUUCUGGUGAGUCAGCUAAAGAAUUCGUAAAUUAG